AUGAGUUCUCAAGUCAGAACUACACAGAAGAGGGGAUGUAUUGCAAGGAAGCCAAAUGAAUGUGAGGAAUGCAGGAAAACCUUUUGUAAAAGGUCCACCCUCAUUGAACAUCAGAGAAUCCAUACAGGGGAGAAACCCUAUGCUUGCGAUGAUUGUAGGAAAGCUUUCCCUGUAAAGACAAGCCUCACUCAACACCAAUGAAUUCAUACAGGAGAGAGACUCUAUGAAUGCAGUGAAUGUGGGAAAACCUUCACUGACAAAUCUGCCCUCAUUAUACAUCAGAAAAUUCACAGAGAAUAGAAACCAUAAGAGCGUAAUGAAUGUGAAAAGACCUUCUUUUGGAAGUCAACCUUUACUGAGCAUUUCAGGUCCCCCACAGAGAAACCCUAUGAAUGCAAGGAAUAUGGUAAUACCUUCAGUAAGAAAUCUUACCUCAUUAUACAUCAGAGAACUCAAAGAGGGAAGCCAAAUGAAUGAAGGGAAUGUAGGAAAACCUUCUUCUGUCAGUCAGCUCUGACUGCACAUGAGAGAAUUCACACAGGGGAAAAGCCCUAUGAAUGUAGUGAAUGUGAGAAAACUUUCUUUUGUCAGUCAGCCCUCAGUGUGCAUCACAGAAGUCAUACAGGAGAGAAACCCUACAAAUGUUAUGAAUGUGGGAAAUGUUCCUGUCAAAAGUUAACACUCACUAUACAUCAGAGAACUUGCACUGGAGAAAAGCAUGAUGCAUUUAAUACAUGUGUGAUCCUGAAGCUUCCAACAGAGUCAAGAAAACAGCAGUGGCAGCAGGAAAAAAUGCAGAAUUAA